GCAAAGCCAGAUCUGGGUUCUCUCUUAAUCUUCAUCUUCUUCCUCUUUUCCUCUUCCCUGCUCAUCCUUCUUCUUUCUUCUUCUUAUUCUUUCUCUCUCCCUUCUCCCUUCUCCCUUCUUCCUCUCUCAAACCCAAAUAUAAGUUUUUCUCAAAACCAGAUCUGGAUUUCAUCACAUAAAUUAAAACCCACUUCCUUUAUUCAAUUUACAAAAUGAAUAAAUGUCUAUUCACCUACAUUUUCUUUUUUGCAAAAUUGAACCAGGCUUCCUUCUUCUUUAUUCUUUCUCUUUCUCUUCUCCCUUCUUCUUCCUCUCCAGAUCUGGGUUUCAACAAAACCCAGAUCUAGGAUGGAACCGAACUGGUUAGGACUCCCGACCCAAAUCGAGAUCGAAAGCUUACUUCUCGAGAAUUUCAAGGACCUGCAACUGUUUCUAUUCUCAUCCUACCAAGUUCGACUUAAGGACGGCAAUGUGUCUUUUGCCGUGGCGAUAAGGGGAAUCUCUACUUUGGCUACCUUUGCCGUCAUGGUGCUCCGGGUCUACUUCGGAAUCGACCAUACUCAAUCGUCGGUUGGAUCUGAUGUUGACUCUUAAAUCUAGUUAUAAUCUAACAAAUCCUUCAAUUUUCU